GACGAUGCCACGCCCCUUUAGCACAUGGACGACUUCUUAGCUGAGUAAAGGAAGAGAUUCUUAGCCAGCAUGGCAGUUUUUGUAGAUAUGAAUAUUAUGAACUGUGCAGAUGUAAAGAGACUAAAAAGCAUUAUUGAGACAGCAGCUCACCUUGGAUAUUCCACAGUUGCAAUCAAUCAUGUAGUGGACUGCGAGAAAAAAAAAGUGGAAAUUGGAAAACCGAUUUCUACAACAGAGUUGUUUCCAUCACCACCUAUUGUACAGGGAAAAUCUAAAGCUAUAAAAAUUCUAACCAGGCUAACAAUUAUAGCGUCAGACCCAUCUCACUGCAAUGUAUUGCGAUCCGCAUCUCCAUCUACAAGACUGUAUGACAUUGUGGCAGUUUAUCCUAAGACAGAGAAGUUAUUUCAUGCUGCUUGUACCAGCAUCGAUGUUGACUUAAUAUGCAUCAACGUUACAGAAAAACAGCCAUUCUUUUUCAGAAAACCCCCUGUUAAUGCAGCAAUACAACGUGGAAUAUUCUUUGAACUGAUUUAUACCCCUGCCAUCAAUGAUUCCACGAUGAGGAGAUACACAAUAUCCAAUGCUCUCAGUCUGAUGCAGUUCUGCAAAGAAAAGAACAUCAUUAUUUCAAGUGCAGCAGAAAGGCCGCUGGAGCUAAGGGGUCCAUAUGAUAUAGCGACCUUAGGCUUGCUGUUUGGACUGACGGAAGGAUCUUCAAAGGCUGCACUCUCUACAAACUGCCGAGCUGCUAUUCUUCAUGGAGAAACAAGGAAAACUGCUUUUGGAAUUGUGUACACCAUGAAGAAGCCACAAUCUGAAGAUGGAGGUGAACCAGUUUGCAAAAAAGCCAAAAAGGAAUAAUCAGAGCCUGGUUUUUUUUUUUUUUUUGUGUGUGUGUGUGAUUUUUUUUUUGAUUUUUUUUGGGGGGGGGGGGAGUUAUUGUAAAUAUAUCUGUAUUCUUUUUCUUAAAGACUUGCUGAAUUAUUUUCUUCUUUUUCAAAAACGGAUAUUCCUUCCUAGAUAAAUAAACGUUUUAUGUUCUUA